ACUUUCCUCCUCCAGGUUCGUUCUCUGUCAUAUCUCACUUAUUCUAAUUUCUCUUUCUCUCUCUCUCUUUCUGUCCUCCCUAUUAGGUCUACCACAGAUGCCUCCCUCCUCCAGGUCAGCCCCCACAGCAGAGCUCUGUCCCAGUCCUUUGAGAACCUGCUAGAUGAUGCCACCUUUGGACUUAUUACGAAGUUUUCUCAGGACCCAGUCACCACUACGCUGGGUGGUUUCUCCAAGGUGACCAACUACCUGUUUGAUGCGUUCCGGGGUCCAGACACGGUGCUACUGAAGCAGAGGCCUGUCGGGGAGGUGGCUGACCUGCUGAAUGAGGCCAUACCUGGACUGGACAUCAACCAGCUGGAGGAACCAGGCUAUGAGGUUAUCACCAGGAUUGAUCUUGGCGUGCUGCCAGAGGUCCGGCGUAGGGAGCCUGUUGGGGCGGAGGAGUGGAACACCAACAUGGACCCUGAGGGACGCAUGAGGAACAUCUCACACCUCAAACAGACCAUAUUCAAAGGGGGUCUGUGUCACGUGUUGAGGAAGGAGGGAUGGAAGUUUCUGCUGGGCUACUUCCCCUGGGAGAGCACCCUGGAGGAGAGGAGGAGUCUGACCAGGAGGAAAACGGAUGAGUACUUCCGUAUGAAGCUCCAGUGGAAGUCAGUGAGUGAGGAGCAGGAGAAACACAACAGCAUGUUUAGAGACCACAGGAGUCUAAUAGAGAAAGACGUGAACAGGACAGAUCGGACCAACACUUUCUAUGAAGGACAAGACAACCCAGGACUGAUCCUGCUGCACGAUGUCCUCAUGACCUACUGCAUGUAUGACUUUGACCUGGGCUAUGUCCAGGGUAUGAGUGACCUGCUGUCUCCGAUCCUCUAUGUGAUGGAGGACGAGGUGGACGCCUUCUGGUGCUUUGUCUCCUUCAUGGACCAGAUGCACCAGAACUUUGAGGAGCAGAUGCAGGGAAUGAAGACUCAACUGAUCCAGCUCAGCACUCUGCUACGACUACUGGACCUGUCCUUCUGGAACUACCUGGUGGCCCAGGACUCUGGUCACCUGUACUUCUGCUUCCGCUGGCUCCUGAUUCGCUUCAAGAGAGAACUGAGUUUCCCUGAUGUCCUGCGUCUUUGGGAGGUAAUGUGGACCGGGCUGCCGUGCCAGAACUUCCACCUGCUGGUGUGCUGUGCCAUCCUGGACUCAGAGAAACACCAGAUUAUGGAGGAACAAUAUGGCUUCAAUGAGAUCCUCAAGCUCAUAAAUGAACUGUCAAUGAAACUGGACAUCGUGGUCAUCCUCAACAAAGCUGAAGCUAUAUGCCUGCAGCUGAAGAGUUGUAAGGAUUUGCCCAACUCCGUGGUUGAGAUGCUUGGAUUCAACAGCAGAGACACUGAGUCAUCAUCCCAGUCAGAGGACACUGAGAGAACGGACAGACCAGACUCUCCCGAACCUUCUACACCGUCAGACGACCAGCAGGACUUAGUCUCUGAGUACAACCCCAGCGGCAACAACGGACACUUACGGGACGCAGCGCGUGACGUUUACAAAUUAGCUUACAUAUCGUAGCCAGCCUGGCUAACAGUAGUCUCUCGUCCAGUGAGAGAUUUGGUUCUGGUGGCUGAGACGAGGCUCACAGCCUGGUGAAAAAGGUGGAUUGCGCCUCUCCCACCUCACAGCCCGAGGAGAGAUAGGAAAUGGCUUCUCAUGGCAGUAUCUUUAUAAUAGAGCCCAAGAGCUAUUCAUUUACAGGAAGUUUUUGCAAAUCAAAUCAUUUUUGUAAUGAUUCUGUCUGUUAAUCAUCUAAUUUUUCUUGUUCGAUGGUGGUCUUUGAGUUUUUAGGAUAUUGUUCCUUAUUGCCCCUGACUCCAAGGUAUUUAGUGUUCAGCAGAUUGCUCCUUAUUGCCCCUGACUAUAAGGUAUUUAGUGUUCAGCAGAUUGCUCCUUAUUGCCCCUGACUAUAAGGUAUUUAGUGUUCAGCAGAUUGCUCCUUAUUGCCCCUGACUAUAAGGUAUUUAGUGUUCAGCAGAUUGCUCCUUAUUGCCCCUGACUAUAAGGUAUUUAGUGUUCAGCAGAUUGUUCCUUAUUGCCCCUGACUAUAAGGUAUUUAGGGUUCAGCAGAUUGCUCCUUAUUGCCCCUGACUAUAAGGUAUUUAGGGUUCAGCAGAUUGUUCCUUAUUGCCCCUGACUAUAAGGUAUUUAGUGUUCAGCAGAUUGCUCCUUAUUGCCCCUGACUAUAAGGUAUUUAGUGUUCAGCAGAUUGCCCCUGACUAUAAGGUAUUUAGUGUUCAGCAGAUUGCUCCUUAUUGCCCCUGACUAUAAGGUAUUUAGUGUUCAGCAGAUUGCUCCUUAUUGCCCCUGACUAUAAGGUAUUUAGUGUUCAGCAGAUUGUUCCUUAUUGCCCCUGACUAUAAGGUAUUUAGUGU